GCUCGAGGACACCGCGUCCGCGAUCAGCGAGCUCGGCGACGCGGCGGGAGACACCCUGCAGGGCUUUGUCAAUCUCAUCGACGGCUACUCCGCGGAGGCCAAGGCGACCGUCAUCCGCGAGGUGCAGGAGGUCAUGCAGGAGGGCCGCCUCGCCCUCGCGGAGAUGCUGCGGGUUCAGGCGGAGCUGUCGCGGCUCACGACGCGGGAGCAGGCCGAGCUGCCGCGGGCAAAGCAGGACCCGCCGAGCGGGGGAGGUGUCGCAGGCCGCCCGCCGCCUCGCGGACGCCGGGAACAUCCUGGCUGCGAGGCGGCAGCAGCAGGCCAAGCUCGACGCCGACAUGUCGGAGGCUCGCCAGGGCACCCUGGCCAUCAAGCAGGCGCUGGGGGACGAGUUCCGGAAGCUGGCCGCCGGAGACGUCGAGGCGGGGCGCGAGAAGUUCCUCCUCGGCAAGAUGGGGAAGGCCAUGGCGCUGCUCGGUGUCCCAGAGAGGACGAGCGCGGAGAUGCGGUCCGCCCUGACCAACAGGCCCGCGAGGCGUACGGAGCGCCAGGAGCAGCUGGUCGGGGACCUGGGGGCGGCGCUGCGCCGCAGACUGGCGGAGAGCGUGCAGGUGCUCGCGGAGGAGGCGUUCUCCAGCCAGAGCCUGCGGGACGGCGUGCACGCGGCCUCCCAGGAGACGAACCUCUCGGCCGCCGAGGCCACCGAGGCAUUGCGGAGCGCGGAGGCCCAGCUGCACGGGGCCCGCCGCAUGGUGCAGCGGACCGAGCAGGAGACCAGAAGCCGAGCGCGGCGCCGCCGCGCUGCUCGAGUGCGCCGCGGCCUGCCAGAGCGCGAUGGACGUGUUCGGGCAACCAGAGAAAAUGGCCCCGGACCGAGGUGCUCAGCCGGCGCGCCGGGCGCGUGCUGGCGAAGGCCAAGGCCAGCCUCCAGGCGACCGUCGCGGCCCUAA